AUGGAUGGAAUAGUGAACUUCUUCAACACAGUCCUAUCGUAUGCGGGAAUAAAGAUUUGCAACUUGGAGAAGAGAAACUCGAAACCAUGGCGCUACUACCUUGUCUUCAAUAUGGGCAUAGCGAUCGCAACUAUCGGCUUCGUUUCCAACUUCUUCGUCAUUCACUUCUGGGACUUUGACAAAAGCAUUCAGGCCGGUUGUUUCGUGUUGACAUUUUGCAUAACGUUCUCGAAUUUAUUUAACUUUUUCUACAAUAAAAUCGCUUAUGAAACCUAUUUAGAUGAGAUGGUGUUUAACGAUCCAGGCAAAGAGAUGCCAUUGAUAAAGGAAGCGUUAGAGUCUAACGUCACCGGUGAUAAGAAUGCCGCUUUCAAAAAUUUUAUCUUUAACUCAGAGAAGGAGUGGAUUAAAACGUCUGGAUUGAUCCUGAGGAUCUAUUGGCUGUCCGCCUGGUUUACUGCAACUCUGUACUACUUAGGGCCUACAUAUAUUCUUAUUACAAAGAGGGGUACUUCGCGGGUUCUACCGGUACAUAUGGAAUUUCCUUGGAGUAUUCAGAAUUUUUAUGUCUACCUUGGAGUGCUGAUAUACCAAGCACAUGCUGGGUAUUUGUGCUGUGUUGCCUACCCCUGCUUUUUGUCAUUGCUGAUGUUGCUUUUCUUACAAGUAACGCGACAAUUGAACAUCUUAACUCAUAUUAUGAUGAACAUGAGUGACAUGAUGUAUGAAGUUAUCGGUGAGCGAGAUAGAAGAUGGGAUCAAGCAUGCUAUGCCAUUCUAUCGCAGUGUGUUAAACACUACGUCAAAUUAAAGAGAUUCGCAAAUCGUUUGAACGGAACGUCUGAAAUUUUCAUCUUGGUUUUUAUACUUACCGCGAUGACACUAGAAGCUAUUUGUUUUAUAGAAAUAGCCUUAUCUCAUGAAAUCAAUGUGGAUACAAUAAAGUACUUAGUACUUCUAUCUGUUGUAAUAAUCGGUGCUUUUCUCUUAUGCACUAUGGGUCAACAGGUUAACAACGCGGUUGACGAAUUGGAGUACGCGGUAACAGAGAAAUGGUACAUUUACGAUUUGCGACAUCGAAGGAGCGUGCUGAUCUUCUACAUGGCUGUGUCUCAGGGCAUGCCGAUCAACAUCUAUGGCUCCGUGGCACUGUGCUCUGAUACGUUUUCAUGGUUCUUCAAGAGCGGUGUUUCUUUCUACACAGUUGUUAAAUCGGUGCUAGAAGAUUAA